AUGCACGCCUCAUCGCAGAAACGAUCUAGUGCCAUGGAGCGAGGACGGCUAGCCUUUGUGUUGGUAGCUGUGAUAUUUCCAAGCAGUGCUCAAGAGACAUGCGGGCAAAGUCCACGGUCGAAUGAAAGAAUAGUGGGAGGAUACCAAGCAAAGGUUGGCGAGCUCCCUUGGCAAGUUUCCCUCCAGCGAAAUGGCUAUCACUUUUGUGGUGGCUCAAUCAUUUCACCAUCUAUAGUCAUAACAGCCGCGCACUGCGUUCGAAGGAAAUGGAACGGGUUUUCCGUCGUGGCUGGCAUAACCAACUUGGGCAAGCGAACGCCUUAUUACCAACGGCGAAGCGUGGCGACCAUUCGGCGCCACAAAGACUUUGGCAAGAAUGGACUGAUGAACGACAUCGCGCUUCUGAAACUUGUGGAACCGUUUGAUUUCAACAAGUCGGAAGGUUACGUUGCGCCCAUCUGCCUGCCCAAUCCCAAAGACGUCCUAGAAGGAAGCAUCGUCACAUCCGGAUGGGGCAGGACCAGAGAAAGAGGGAAAACCUCGCAAGAAUUAAUGGCGGUAUCCGUGCCCCUGGGAAGUGACUUGUUCUGCACUUACCAAUACAGCCGGCUCAUAACUUUAAGCUCGAUAUACAACUGGAAUAGUAUGUUCUGCGCAGGUGCGCUUUUGGGAGGAAGAGGCUCUUGCAAGGGGGACUCCGGAGGCCCGGCCACUCAGACCAAGAAGGGGAUCACCGUGCUCGUGGGCCUCGUUUCUUUUGGAAGAGGCUGCGCACGAAUAGCCAACGCAGGCGUCUACACGAAAGUCAGCCAUUACAUCGACUGGAUCCAAGAAAACUCCGAGGAUCUUUUAGCGCAAUAA